AUGCGGGCAGCAUUCCUUCGACCGCGGGCAACGGCAUCUCCUCCCUUCUCCUCCCUCGUUCGGCCUCGACGCAGCCUUCUGACCCAGGCCAAAGUGCAAGGCCCGCUGCAUCCUCCUCUGCUCGAAGAAACCGUCGGCGAGAACCUGGCGCGCAUCGUUUCGGCACAUGGCGACCGAAAUGCCGUCAUCUCCAGACACCAGGGCAAGCGUCUGACGUAUCACCAACUCGAUCUCGACAGCAACGUCCUGGCUCGGGGACUACAAAGCUUGGGGGUCAAAAAGGGUGACCGGGUCUGCGUGUCGUUGGGCAACAAUCUGGAAUUCGCGACUAUCACAUAUGCCUUGUUCAAGCUGGGAGCAAUACUCGUGCCAUUGAAUCCGGCAUUCACGUCGACCCAGCUUAUCUCGGCCUUCAACCACUUGUCUGCCACACAUUUGGUCAUUGGGACCGAGACGAAUCUACCGUACAAACCACCGCGGCCGAAUGUCUCGCUUCUGGAAGCACUCGUGCCCGAUCUCAAAAGUUCGACUCUUGCAUCCGAAGCGAUUCCGUCCCUGAAGCACGUCAUCCUCGUGGACAACUCCUCCGGUCGGAUAGAUCCCACUCCUUUCCGAGCGACCACACCAUGGGAAUCGGUGACACGGGACACGGACACCCGUCCUCCUACACCGUCUUCUCCUCUAUCGAACGACGAGGUGGUCAAUAUUCAAUUCACUUCUGGCACCACGUCCAUGCCCAAAGCUGCCUGUCUAUCGCACCGAUCCAUUCUCAACAACGGCAACCAGAUAGGUGACCGGAUGUUGCUGACACCAGCAGAUGUCGUAUGCUGCCCACCCCCUCUAUUCCACUGCUUUGGGUGCAUUCUCGGGUACAUGGCGACCGCGACACAUGGCUCCGCCAUAGUCUUCCCCACGGAGGCAUUCGACCCGAUGGCGUCCUUGAAGGCCGUACAAGAGGAGAAAGCUACGGCCCUUUAUGGUGUCCCUACCAUGUUCCUGGCGGAACUGGAGCUCCUCGACGACGAGAAGGUUGCUUAUGAAGGCUUCCAGUAUCUGCGUACUGGCAUUGCCGCGGGCUCCUCAGUGCCCGCCGAGCUGAUGCGGAAAUUGCACAAGACUCUCAAUUUGACCGAAUUGACGAUUUGUUACGGGAUGACAGAGACCUCACCCGUUUCUGCGAUGACAACGACGGAUGACCCCAUCGAGAAGCGCAUCAACACCGUUGGCCGACUGCUUCCGCACGUCGAGGCGAAAGUGGUGGAUCCUUUCGACCACGACAAGAUCCUCAACGUGGGGGAACGGGGGGAGCUAGCGGUUCAUGGAUACCUGGUCAUGAAGGAGUACUGGGGCCAGCCAGAAAAGACAGCAGAAGCCAUCAAGGUCGACAAUGAGGGAAAGGCAUGGAUGCACACCGGCGACGAGGCAUCUAUCGAUGAAGAUGGCUAUGUCAGCAUCACAGGACGCAUCAAAGACCUGAUCAUCCGUGGCGGAGAGAACAUUCACCCGCUCGAGAUCGAGAACUGUCUCUUUGCCAACCCCAAGAUCGCCGAAGUGAGUGUUGUCGGCCUCCCCGAUCCACGGUACGGAGAAGUCGUGGCGGCGUUUGUCAUCCGCAGGCAUCAUCUGCCGCCAGGAGAAAAGGAGAUCACCCCGGAGGAAGUCAGGAGCUGGGUCCGGGAUCGCAUGAGCCACCACCUGGUGCCGAAAUAUGUUUUUUUCGUGCAGGACUAUCCGAAGACGGCCAGUGGAAAGAUUCAGAAAUUCAAGUUGAGGGAGCAAGGUGUCGAGCUGCUCAAAGAAGGAGAGAAGUCGACCUGA